AUGGAGCGCGACUUUUUCGUGGACCUCAAUGAACGUGUCCGGUUAUACGACGAAGACCAAAGACGCCAUGAGCUCAUGCAGGACGUGUUUCCUAUCCAAGGCAUCGAUUUUGCAGAGCCAACUAAAGAGCCCGUCCUCGUUCUGAGAGGUGGCCAGGGAGGAAUGGGCAACAUGCACUUCCUGACUUCCAACAUUCGCAAUCCGCGGUUUGCGAAAAUUGGCCGCUCAGGCUUGGAGCAGAAUUUCAUCUUUGAGCUCAAACUGUUGGCGGAUCUUGGACUGGUUGGACUGCCAAAUGCGGGCAAGUCCACCCUCUUGCGCGCGAUUUCCAAUGCUCGGCCACGUGUCGGUCACUGGGAGUUCACUACGCUGCAGCCUACGAUUGGAACGAUACAACUGCGGAUUGAUCAGCCACCCUUCACGGUGGCUGAUAUUCCUGGAGUGGUGAAGGGCGCCAGUGAAAAUAGGGGCAUGGGCCUGACUUUCUUGCGGCACGUGGAGAGAUCGGGCGGCUUGGUUUUUGUGAUUUCUUUAGGCAGCAAUAAUCCUGUUGAAGAUUUGCAAGUCCUGCUUCAGGAAAUGGGACCGCAACGAAUGAAAAACAAGAAUGUACUGAUUGUGGCUACAAAAGCCGAUUUAGACGGAGCCGAGAGCCAGAAAACAUCGAGACGGUGUUGGAAAUGA